AUGAUGGCCAUUCCUAGUACUACCGCCCCGACCACCCCCAAGUCGACGACUGCCGACUGCUCGACGCCGUCGACGAAAUUCCUGCGUCGCCGUCACUCCAUGGGAACCUACUUCCCGGAGACGGCGGAUCUGAUGAAGAUGGCCCCGAUGGAUGGCACUGUUCAACAGAAACUUCGCCGUGCCCAGCAUCGACGCAGUCUCACCGUCGUCGAGUUGGCGCCCCUUCUCGUUGCGCAGCGAUAUGCGCUGGCAAAGAAGGCGCCUCGUCGCAGUCUUCGUGAACUUGCUGCUGCUAUUGUUGAUGGUGUUGAUGGGGAUAUGGAUCUACAGAAGACCCCUUCCCCAGUCAUUUCUAAAGUUUCUAAUGGAGGAGCCGUCGAAAAGAAUUAUUACAUUCCGAAUUUUGCAGAAAACGCGUCGUUCUGCCCGCCUUGCAAAGCCCGUCCCUUCCACGACGGCCCCUCUCCCGCCAUCCACCCCAAUCACUCGUCGAAGCCCGAUGCUUUGAACGGGUUGGAGAUGGUGGUCAUCUUCAUCCUCUUCUUCGUCGAA